GACAAACUUGCCGCCAAGGCGCAAAGCGCCAGAUGCUAUGGGGGACUAUCAGCAGACAAAUGACAAGUGGAAAUUUAUUUUCGGUGCCACCCCAUCGUUGACGCCUAGUACCUCAUUUCCACGGGAAGAUACUGGGUCACAAGCCAAUGCCGAAUGCCAGCUGCCCACUCCUUGUAGCCUUUCGGGUGGCGAUGGGCCCUGCUUCAACUUAGGCUCUUCUGCAGCGGGAGGCGCUCCUAACAGUGCACGGGGGCGCCAGAAUGGCUCAAGAUGGGGUGGCUCGCGCCCGCAUCAUCCCCAGCCUCACCGCCACCCAAGCGGCGCAACCCACAUCACCACCACGAGUAGCGCCAACUGCAGUACCUUAGCCCUUAACACCGACGCCUCCGCCGCCGCAACCGAGGCUGGUGUUCAUGCCAGGCCAACUCCCGUAGGCGAUCCAGCCGCGACGACGGCGACAGUACCUAUGGACGGUACGGCAGCCGACGGCGGCGAACCUCUGUACAACAACGCACCUACAACAACACCGCCGUACUCCGUUGCUGCUAACGGUCGCAAUCGGGAUGCGCUAGAUGCGCUCAUCGACCUGCUGCUUCUACCGGAUGAUGACGGUGGCGUUGCGGACAGUGCCUUCGCUGCGGACAUCUUCCCGUCGGAUGCCUUCCCCGCCGCCGCAGCAGCAACCGACGGAGCGUCUCCCGCGGCGGCAGCAGCAGUAGGCAGCAGCGGGCCAGCGGGCCAGGCAGGCCGGGCGGAGGAACCGACGUUGGCGGUGGUUGCGGGUGCGCAGGAGGCGGGUGCGCAAGAGGACGGGGGCGGCAGCAGCCCCGGCUGCUGGGCAGACCUCCGCGCGCUGGCUGCUGCUCUGGACGAGGUAGAGGCCUCCAUGCUUAGCGGCGAGGCUGUCGAAACAACCGAUGCUGCUGGAACUGACUUAAUUGAGGCUUUCGGCGUCGCCUGCAGUCUGGGGAUUGACGGACAGCAGCAGCAGCAACAGCAGCAGGGCGAGUCAACACAUGCCUUGCCAUCUCAGCCGCGGCGCAGGCCCAAGGUGGUUGCCAAGAAGCAUGGGAGCAGCCAGGCGGCAGGGACGUCGGCAGCGGCGACGACAGCAACGGAUGCGUCAGCAGCCUCAGCAACCUCAGCAGCCGCAGCUGCAGUUGGGGGUUCUGACGCCGGCAGCUGGCGGGUGAUGCUGGCGGCGCCGGCGCCCCACAACCCAGAGGGCGUGGCGACGCUGCUCCUUGCCGGCCGGCUAGUCAACCCUCACACCGCCGUACCUGCACCCCUGCUUGCAGCAGCAGCAGCAGCCGCAAACCAACAACACCAGCAAACGCAACAAGCACGGCAACAGCAGCAGCAUUCAUCGUCAGCCUCUGGCGACGCUUCAGCUUCCUCCUCCUCCCCAUCCGAAGCAUUAAGAAACCCAGCUGCCAGCAGCACCGACACCACCACAACCACCGCAGCAGCAUCCAACACGUCUUACAGUGCCGCCAGUGGCACCGCCGCCGCUGCCACCACCACCACCAGCAGCAACCAAGGCCCCGCCGUCGCAUUGGUGCGCUGCGGCACGGCAGCCGAGGCGGCGGCGGCGCUGGCGUUACAUGGUCGGCGAGUGUACUGCCCCCCACUGACGAGCGGCGGGGCAGCCAGCUGGCGACCGCUGACGGUGCUCCUUCACUCCCCAGGCUCCGGCAGCCUGCCCCUGGAGCCGCCUCCCUCCCCUGCUGCCGCUGCUGGCUCCAGUGCUGGCGCCUCCCCUGGCAGCAGCAGCCUGCAGCAGCAGAAGCAGGCUCGGGUGCGGGACGCAGGGCCCACCGUGCGAAGGGUGAUCCUGCGCGGCCUGCCGGGCCACCUGGGCGGGGAGGACCUCACUGCGCUGUUCGGCAGCGGAUUGCAGCUGCCCUCCGAACACUGCCCCACACCGCAGGACCGGCGAUUCCUGCUGCUCUGCCCCGACUCCGUCUCCUACAACUCGCUGCUGUCGUGGCACGGCACUCGGCUGCCCGAUAAGCCGCUCGACGCGUUGCAGCAGAUCGUCCCACGGGUCGCUGGAUGGUGCACACUGCGAGUGGAGGAGGACGACGGCAUCCUGCUUCCCUCCCUGGUGUCAACCCUGCUGGCGGAGGCCCGCCGCAGCGGCGCCGCGUAUGCAGACAGCGCCGCUGCCGCCGCCUUCACUACCGUACCGCAUCACCCCCCUUUCAUGCCGUACCAGCAGCCUUAUCAUCAUCAGCAGCAGCAGUACCCCCGUGUGGCGGGUCGCUACCACCCAGCUGAGCUAGACGCGAUGGAUGAGGCGGCCGCAGCAGCGGAAGCCGCCAUGGCGGCAGCGGAGGCGACGUCAGCGGCGACGGCAACCCUCGCGUCAGGUUGGAGUCAAGGUGGUGUUUCCAGGGGCGCUGUGGAUUUGCCCGAUGCAGCAACACCGGCGACAACUGUUGGUGGAGCAACGACGACCACGGUGCAUGCAGCACCGGCAAGGGCGGGCAGCAUGCGCAGUACCGGCGGCAGUAGUGGCGCCCGUGGCGGCUCGGGUCAACACACCAGGAGUCAAGCCCACGCGGAGGUGGAGGACUUGGCGGCGGCAGCGGCGGCGGAGCGAGCGGAGAGCUCCCGCGGUGCUUCGUCUAGCGGUCUGGCAGCACGGCCAGCACCGCGACCCCGCCGCGCUGGGGCCGCUGCCGCUGCAGCGGCGGCGGCCGCCGAUAUAGGCGGUUUUUAUAACUCCAGCAGCGGUUUGUUUACUCCCAGUUGCGCCUGCUGCCCUCCGCCUGGAUUCGGUGUCGGCGGCAUGGGCGGUGGCGGUAGUGGCUUUCCCCGUCCUGCUGCUGCUGUUGCCGCUGCAUCUUCCUUGUCUACAGCGGCUUACAGCACCACCACCACUGCGGCACUGUCCGGUGGCAGCAACCAGCAGCAACAAGUGAACAGUUGGAGCGGUGCGGCGGCGGUUGAGCUCCUAAACAAGCUACUUGCGCUAGGCGUGGGCCCGGGGCCGGGAGGGGACGGCAGCGGUGGUGAGGGCGUGCAGGUGGAGGAGGAGGAGCGCGCGCCGUUCUCGCGCCGGAGUCGCAAGCGCAUGCCGAUGCAUUUUGGGCGGCGGCCUGAGGACGAGGAGGGCGGAGAUGAGGAGCAGGACGAGGGGGAUAAAGAGGAAACAACUAACUGACGGACGAGGGGAAGGAGGGGCAGGAGAGGGGGCAGGGGGCGGUGGGACACACCAGCGGUAUUGGGAGUUAAAGGAAGUGGCGAGCUUGCUCGGUAACUGCGGCACAUGAAGCUUGCGGUUUUGAAGGUCCUCAGGGCUGCUUAAAUGAACUACUACACAACAGACGGCUUUGUAGAACAUACUGUGCGGGACCUGGCUUUCCUGGCUGUGCACCGAAUUCACCGGCGAACCUCUCUCUGCUAGCUAACGGUUGCGACGGUAUGCGGCGAGAAUAAUAAGUGCAGCUAUAGUUCUGUAACAGUGCGAGGAUGUGAGCAUCGCGUGGGCAGCAACUGACAGGGGAUGUACAACAUGACGUCAGCAUGGGUGUCAGCGUGGUCCCUGUGUGGGCGUGGUCCCAGCUACGUCAGUGCCUGCUCACUGCUUACGAAGGUUAGAAGCCUGCGGGUAAGCUUAUUAGGGUGAUAGCCUAAGGUUCAGUGCUGGUCAUGAGAGACAGAGUGGGAUGGCUUGGGAACCAGGAGUGCACGGCCAGCUGAACAGGCACAUGCAAUGUUGAUGGGGUCCGUGUGUCCUCUAAGCCCCAUUAACAUGCAGGCGUCCGGCAGCUGGUCGGUCACAGUGAGCCGCAGCGUUGAGCGUUCUAAACAUGCAGUCCUGUGCUUACACGGUGUUUCUCAACACCAUUAUCUUGGACGCCACUGGAUACCCCCAUAUACUGGUAUAUCAAGCGAGGACAUUAUGAUACCUGG